GGCGCUCCUGCUUAGUGGGAGGCACUACCGUGACAAGGGAACCGAGUGGCAGCCAUUAAUGCUCUUCCGAUUGACCGCUCAGAGUACAAAUUUCUUGAUAAACUCGAUUUCUUUCUGCGACUGGAGUCAUGGUGUCUCACUCUCUUGCCCUGCCGAUGAUCUGCUUCACCACCCUGUGGGCGCUGGUGGGGGUUGUGGCUCCCUUUUUAGUGCCCAAAGGACCUAAUCGAGGGGUGAUUGUCACCAGUUUGAUUCUCACUGCUGUCUGCUGUUACCUCUUUUGGUUAAUAGCCAUCCUGGCGCAGACCAACCCUCUGUUUGGACCUCAGCUGAAGAACGAAACCAUUUGGUACCUGACUUACUUCUGGGAGUAGACCAGGUGGCCCUCAUCAUCGCCAUCCUGAUUCUAACCUUGAUUUGAACAUGUACACACAUACACACACAAAAAAACUACAUGUAAGAUGAAGACUACUGUACAGUUGACGUUGAUUUAAAUGUUUAUCGUUAUGAAAAUUUACUUGUGCAAUGUUAGUUCCACUGGAUUGUUUACAUUUUUUAAACGUGUAUUUAUUUUGAUGUAAUGACUUCAGUGUUUUGUAACUGUUACCCCCCCAAACAUGAUGUGAGACCCCCAAAAAACCCUCCUCAUCAUCCUCGUUGUCAUGGUGAUCUGCUUGCCUGAUUCACACUAGGACGCAUGUAAGCUGGAUUUUAUCAUCUUUUCACACCACACACACACACAGGAAAAUGUACAUUCGGCUAGACAGUUGUGGGUUUGUAGAACAUUUUUAAUACAGUACACUAAACUGUAAAUUGUUUGAAUUUAAAAAUUUUCCCAUCGAAAAGAAUUGAAAUCUGUUGUAGAUGCCAUCCUAAAAAAAAGUCUAAAGGUUACAGUUUGUUGACUUGAGGUAGUAUAGAUACAAAAUGUAUAUUUUUUAACAAACGUAAAAAGAAGGCGUAUUCCGAAGGCCUCAUUUGUCAUCUUUAAUUGUCAUAAAAGUGUAAGAAUAAGUUAAAUAUUAAAAACAGUAAGACCCAAGUUUUUCCAAGGCAAAUCAAUGGACAUUUGUCGCCAUCCCAAAUCCUUUAUUUACUGUACAGGCCAGGUUUUAAAGUCACAUUUUGUUGAAUUUGCCCCCUGAUAAAUAUGUUUUAAAAAAUUUAGAAUUUAAAAAAACCAUAACAACCAUGAAAAGAAGUUACCCCCAAAAUAUAAAGCGCACCUAUGAUUAGUUAUCAUAAUAGUGUACAAAAUGUAAAAAGUUUAAAAGGUAAAAACAAUAAAACCUCAAAUUUCCCAUUAGAAAUCAUGGAAGUAGAAAUCUGUUGCCAAUUUAAGACAUUUUGUAGAUUUGAGGGAAAAUAAUAGUUUUUAAAUCAAAUUAAUUCAUUAAUGAACUUUUUUUUAACAAGCACAAAAAGAAAUUAACCCUUUGCAAAAAGAAUGAAACAAGGGUGUAGUGCAAAUGUAAUCGAACUUGGCUUUUUUCAGCAUAAAUGUCAUAAGUGUAAAAUGCAAGUUAACUAUAGACAGUAAAAAGUAAAAAAAAAAAAAAUUACCUCAAAUUUUCCCAUAGGAAAUAAAGGAAAUUGAAAUCUCUCGCCACCUUAAAACAUAUAUUCAACUGUGCAGUUCAAGUGUACACACAAUGUAAUAGUGUAGCUUAGCUUUGAUAACCACUGAUGCUAGAGUUUUACUGCAACUUCCUGUUUAUUCUUCUUCUCUUAAGAGCCCUUGUUGUCACCCCAAAAAGCCAAAGAAAAAGCAUACAGAGCUCAAGACAUCUCGUACCACCUCAGGGGAGUUGAACGUUGGAAGUUUCGCUGUAAACGGGUCAUAAUUUGCUUUUAGCAUUUUGCCUAAACUGCUAGCCACUACCACAACAAAUCACCCUUCGCCCCAUCCCAUGAACUCCUCCCCACCUCCUUUCUAGUUCUUUUUUUAAAAAAGUUUUUAUUUUUUUAUUUUCCUUAAAACCACGAUGCGUCAGCCAAAAAAAAACAAAAAAAAAAACGAAUCCAAAUCAAUAUCUAAAUACAGCUACUUUUUACAAAGACCAAAUUACGUUGUACCCUAUCUGUCCCGUUGUGGUACUGGCCUGCGCCUAAAAGACCCCAAGUCUCAAAAAGCCGCAAAAGACACAUUUUAGCGUUAAUUUUCGACAAUUCCAGGGUGGCUUCAAAGGCAAACUCCUCCACGGAGUAUGGCAACAAGUUGGUAUAACUUGCCCUAUCAAAAACUGGAAAACAUUUUUUUAAUUCUGGCCCCAAAGCCAAUAUCACUUAGUAACAUGACAUUUGGUCGACAUGGCUAUCAUAAGUAGACCCACACAAAAAAGUCUCGUGUCCAUGCCAGAAAAAAACACAGGAAGUUGGCUGAGUUUGGCUCGUUUUGAAAAUUACUUGCAAUUUGUUAAUCUUUUUGUUGGGGGGGGGGGGGGGGAAGUGUCCCCAAAGUCAGUUUUAUUUAUAACCAUAAAUUUGUUUGGCAUGUUUAUCAUGAGUAGACCCACAAAAAAGUCUGAAGAAGCUUUGCCCGAAAAGAUGCAGGAAGUCGGCCAUUUUGAUCUCAUUUUGUCAAUUUUUCCGGGGGUGCUUCAAAGGCAAGCGCCUCAGAGAUUUUGUACCAUUAAGCGGUACAGAAGAGGGACGAAAGGAUGAUACUAAAUUUCAUGGCAAUCUACUAGAGAGACGGGUGACGCUGAAUCGCGAAAAUGAUGCGUUUUCAAGUCUAAUGACUCUCCAUAAAACACAAAACUAAAGUGAACGCCACAAGGUCAAAAAAUACAAAAUAAUUCAGUCCCCACAUGACAACAUGAAAUUUGGUAGACAUGAGAAGACCCUACAAAAAAGUCUCACGAAGGCAUGCCCAAAAAGGUACAGCAAUUUUGAGUCCAACUGGCCAUUUUGGAGUCAUUUUAGCAAUGUUUCCAGGGGUGCUUUAAGGGCAAACUCGACUUCAGAUUAUGUAAGGCAACUGAGUUGAAUGAUUCACCGGAUCCCAAAAUUUCAAGUUCAGCCUCCAAAGCCAGUUGGACUUAGCAGGAUUAAAUGUGGUAGCCAGAAAUGUCUUAUGAAGCCUUGACCAAAUAAGACACAGGGACUCGGCCAUUUUGGGUCCAAUCGUUCAUUUAGGCUUGUUUUUCACGUUUGUCCUUCUAAAUACAAACUCCUAGAUUUUCUUUGUUUGUUUUUUUUUGUCCAAUCCAUUUGCUACCAAAUUUUAACCACAUAUAUUAAAUGGAUGGAUGAUGCUAAACAACGAAAAUCUUGACUUUUCAUAAUUGCUUGUGAGUGGAAAAUGGUAGCAAAGCUGGAUAACUCACCAUAAAACACUAAAGUAUCAGUAGCACUACUUUAGAAAGUGGGGGAAAAAAACAGCCCCUGACACCAGUUGGACCAGUUGACAAGAAAUUGGAUGUCCCUAUCUAGCUUAACAGGACGCACAAAAAAACUGUCAAGCACCCAUGUCUGAAAAUGCUCGGAAAGUCUGCCAUUUUGGCUUGAAGCAGCCAUUUCGAGGCGAAUACUUGGGCUCGGAUUUUGAUGAGCCCCUAUAAGAAAAUUUCCCCAAAUGAGACCCAGUCAAAAGCAGAAAUCCCAGACUGAUGUCAAAUGCUCGAUAGAAGUAGUGUACUUAAAGCAGCAGUAAUAUGCUCAUGUUUUUGGGGUUCUGGGAACUAACCAUGGAAACAUUCCGAGUUGUAGCGCGCCACAUUCCACUCGACAGCCACUAAACACUUUGGAUAACAUUCCCGCUUCCUGCUUUUAAUAUCCGCUCAUAAUCCCGUCAACGCCUGUGUGUGUGAGUGUGUGUGUGUGUGUGUGUGUGUGUGUGUGUGUGUGUGAGGGAAGAGUCGCUAUGGUAACAGCAAUGUCCAUUACAGCCCUUGUCAUUGUGACCUUGUAUUAUUAGUGCUUCUGUUAUGAGCGUGAAGAAGUGAAAAAAUAAAACAAUAACUUGUCCCAGAA